AUGGCAUCCCCAAAGGUAUUGAAUUUGCGAAAUAACCAGUUGAGUGGCUAUAUUCCGCAAAACAUCCCGGCAACAUGUGGUUUGAAGAUAUUGGAUAUUAGUGAGAAUUUCUUGCAAGGCCAGAUUCCGUUGUCAUUGGCAAAUUGCAUGACAUUGGAGAUUGUGAACCUCGGCAACAAUCAAAUAGACGGGGCAUUUCCAUGCCAUUUCCAGGCAAUAUCGAGUCUUCGUGUCCUUGUUUUACGAUCCAACAAAUUGCACGGGGAAAUUAGAUGUCCGCAUAGUCCCAGCACCUGGCAAAUGCUUCAAAUCAUUGACCUAUCUUCCAACAAUUUCAGCAACACAUUGCCUAUGAGUCUCCUCGCAUCUUUGGAGGCUAUGAAGGCCAACGUAGACUUCAAUCAUUUUCUGUAUGAGUUAUUCCAAUUAAUGGAUAUCUAUUAUCAAGAUACAGUGAGUGUAACCUUCAAAGGUCUGAAGCUAGAACUCGUCAAGAUUCUGACUAUUUUCACGUUGAUCGACUUCUCGGGCAAUAGAUUGGAGGGUCCAAUACCAGACACACUUGGAGAUCUCAAAGCACUUUAUUUCCUCAACCUAUCGCAUAAUGUCAUCUCAGGUUCAAUUCCUCCUGUUUUAGGGAAUCUAGAUAAGCUGGAGUCGUUGGACCUAUCAUGGAACUACCUCAAUGGAACCAUACCGGGUCAACUUGCGAAUCUUAAUUUCCUUUCGUUCCUGAACCUCUCAAACAAUCAACUUGUGGGAAGCAUCCCGAUAAGGGGACAAUUUCUCACGUUUUCCAAAAGUUCCUUCGAAGGAAACCUUGGAUUGUGCGGGCUUCAGCUCAACAAAAGUUGCUCAACUACAAUGAAUGGGACAGAAGAAGUGGGUAGUGUUUCAACUCAAAGCAACACAGAUGAUGAUGUCGACAAUGAUGAUAUCAAGAAGAAGUGGUUUUACAUGGGCAUACCAUUUGGAUUCGUGGUUGGCUUCUGGGUAUUUUGUGGUCCCAUAGUGUUUAUAAGAUCAUGGAGGUUUGCUUAUUAUCGAUUAUGGGAUAAAGUGCUGUUUAGACACUCACGUCCAUGA